AUGAUAGUUCAAGGACUCGAAGUAGUUGUAGAAGGCGGGGGAGAGAAGAACGGAAUGGAUGGGAGACUAGUCGGAAGAGAGGGAAUGGAUGGGAGAUUAGUUGGAAGAGAAGGAAUGGAUGGGAGAUUAGUCGGAAGAGAAGGAAUUGUAGUUGGAAAUGAAGGCAAAGUUGGCAUUGCCGUGGGAAUGGUGGGAAGAUUUGGUUGUGGCAAAGCUGAUGGCAUUGGAAAUGGAGACAUUGCAGUGGGCAUUGUUGGUAAAGAUGGUUGUGGCAACGUCGAUGGCAAUGGAGGUUGUUGUUGGAGAAGGCGGCGUGAGGCUGAGCAAGUGUUGAUCAUCAUUGAGGAAGAGACGCUCACUAAGAAAGCAAUGAGAAAGAGCUUGUAUGAUGCCAUCUUGGAUGUGUUGAUAAAUCUCUAA